AAAUCGCUGUGGACUACAGUCCUGCGGAUGGGGAGUUUGGGACUACCGACUGCUUCCAGUCUCCUCGCCCAGGUAGAUGCUACCGUGAAGCUGGGCUCUUCAAAAUGGCAGCUAUGGUCAAGUUCCAGAAAGGUCUGGUGACUUUUUAACCCAGUAGCAAAACAUGGGGCGGUACCACUGCAGACCCAAAGGAGAAAAGGCCGAUUGCUCAGCUGGCCACGUGCUCCAACACUUCGUGCUAAGUCGGACCGUGCACCUCGGCUACCCACAGCGAGAGCUAGCGCGCUCCUGGGUUGCGAGGUGAGGUGUCGGAAGGUGCAAACCACCGCGGUAAAUCGCAUCUCCAGGUGGUUUCACCGACGCUAAGAAGCCCUUAUCGCUCCGAUCGGAUAGGUGGGAAAACGGCGCUGGUCUGAACUUCUAAGUUCUGAGGUCCACUCUUGCCUUGCGUCCACAGAGCUGCGGACCGUUUCAGCAGCCUACACUGUCCUAGCAGGCGGCCAUGACAAGGCUCCCUUGGCGCGAAUUACAGGGGAGACCCAAGAAAUACUUAAAAAAGAAAAAAAAAUUCCAUCUCAAAGAUCCGAAAUGGAGUUAUUAGGGUAGGGUUGUGCAGGAAGCCGGAGACUCGCUCGAGGAACUGGGGACUGAGGCUUCAACACCUGGACACAAGAGACAAAAGUUAGAGGGGUCCCACCAAGGGGUCGCCAGCACGCUUUCUGUCCGAUUGGCGGAAGCGCUCAGACUUUUCUUUAUGGCGUCACCGAGUACCUGCCUGUAGGAAGGCUCCGGUUGCGUGACGUCACGCCGCACUGACCAAUGAACGGCCCGAGCCGGUAGGCCCCGAGGAGGGUUGUGGGCCCUUCUUUUUGUGAAUGAAGCUCCACGGAACAUCCCUCCUGGGGGUCCCCGGGAGCCGCGGCCCGCAGAGCUCGGACGCCCCGGCAGCAGUGUCCCAGGGAGCGCGCGCUUUGCUCCAGCCACCGGCCAGCGCUGUGGGGCCCCCGGGUCGUGGGUGGCGGGAGACGCAGCGCGAGGACCCGGGCCGGGUUGCCGGGCCAUGGUCGCGGUCCCCUGACGGGCCGCGGCCGCCUCCAUGAAGCGUAAGAGCGAGCGGCGCUCGGCUUGGGCCACCGCGCCCCCCUGCUCACGCCGCAGCUCGUCCUCCUCUCCCGGCGUGAAGAAGAGCCGCAGCUCCACGCCGCAGGAGCUGCACCGCCUGGAGCAGCAGGACGACCUGUACCUGGACAUCACGGAUCGCCUUUGUUUUGCCAUUCUCUACAGCAGACCAAAGAGUGCAUCAAGCGAGCAUUAUUUCAGCAUAGAUAACGAGCUAGAGUAUGAGAACUUCUAUGCGGAUUUUGGACCACUCAAUCUGGCCAUGGUUUACAGAUAUUGUUGCAAGAUAAAUAAGAAGCUCAAGUCCAUUACAAUGCUGAGGAAGAAAAUUAUCCAUUUUACUGGCACUGAUCAGAGAAAGCAAGCGAAUGCGGCCUUCCUUAUCGGGUGUUAUAUGGUUAUAUAUUUGGGAAGGACACCAGAAGACGCGUAUAGAACAUUAAUCUUCGGAGAUACAGCCUAUAUUCCUUUCAGAGAUGCUGCCUACGGAAGCUGCAGUUUCUACAUUACACUUCUCGACUGUUUUCACGCAGUAAAGAAGGCAAUGCAGUAUGGCUUCUUUAAUUUCAACUCAUUUAACCUUGACGAAUAUGAACACUAUGAAAAAGCAGAAAAUGGAGAUUUCAACUGGAUAAUACCAGAGCGAUUUCUUGCCUUCUGUGGGCCCCAUUCAAGAUCCAGGCUGGAAAGUGGUUACCACCAACAUUCUCCGGAGACUUAUAUUCCAUAUUUUAAGAAUCACAACGUAACUACCAUUAUUCGUCUGAAUAAAAGAAUGUAUGAUGCUAAGCGCUUUACGGAUGCUGGAUUCGAUCACCAUGAUCUUUUCUUUCCGGAUGGCAGCACCCCUGCUGAGUCAAUUGUCCAAGAAUUUCUGGAUAUUUGUGAAAAUGUUGAGGGUGCCAUUGCAGUGCAUUGCAAAGCUGGCCUUGGUCGAACAGGCACCCUGAUAGGCUGCUACCUCAUGAAGCAUUACAGGAUGACAGCAGCCGAGAGCAUUGCCUGGCUCAGAAUCUGUAGACCCGGCUCAGUAAUUGGGCCCCAGCAACAGUUUCUGGUCAUGAAACAGUCAAGCCUCUGGCUAGAAGGUGACUAUUUCCGUCAAAAGUUACGGGGGCAGGAGAAUGGCCCCCUCAGGGAAGCCUUCUCCAAACACCUUUCGGAUGCUGAUGACCUUUCAAUAAAUGGGCUUGAGAAUCAAGACAAUCAAGAGCCUGAGCCGUAUAGUGAUGAUGAUGAAGUCAGUGGAAUGACACAAGGAGACAGACUUCGGGCCCUGAAAAGCCGGAGACAGCCGAAAGCCAGCGCUAUCCCCCUCACAUGUCCCCUAGCUGUGCUGACCUCUGCACUGUGUAGUGUUGCCAUCUGGUGGAUUGUGUGUGACUACAUUCUUCCCACCCUGCUGUUCUGUCUUGAUGGCUUCAGAACACAGUAGCCAUCUGGACCCUUUGACAGAUAGUUUGCUGUUCCAGCCAUUUCAAGGACUAAGGCAGUCUUACGUUAAAGUGAAAAAACGGUGACCAGGACUCCAGGGAAGACUAGGAACAGAAAACCCCAAGAGGAUUUAGCCAGUCGAUCUGAGAACAAAGCAGGCUCUGCCAUGGCCUUAGCUUCUUUCCACAUAAGAAGUUCAUUCAAUGAAGAAAAUGUCACUGGCCUCUGAUCCACUCACUGACUCUGGGGUGUGGUUGAACCGUUUGAGGGCCUGACUCUCCCUUUUGUUAUCUCAAGUUGGACAAAAGCUGCUGUUGUGAAUUUAGUCUCAGGUGUCAAUACCCUGUCCUCUGCCACCAGAGAGUCGUCUGGUGAGUGUGGUACAUGUGUGUGUGUUCCUGUGAUGGCAAUCAUGUUCGCUGCCGACCUCCAGAAGAGUUGAGGAUCUGAUGGAGAUCUCUUAGGUAUUUAUUUUUUGUUCAGCCUGGGACCCUGACUCGCAGUUUAUAAAGAUGAAAGAGAUGAACAUCCCUCCAGUGGUACCCUCCAUCUUCAGGUAUGAUUUGGUACAAUCAGCUUCACUUUUGUCUUGUUAAUCCUGUUGUGAUGUUCACUGUGUGAAGUACCCAAGCUGCUUGCUUUUCACCUAAGAGUGCUUUAUUAACAAUCUGUGAACACUGAGUUUACACACUGUUGUAUGUUGUUGUGGUUACUGAAAACCUGCUAGAGAAUGUUGAUUGAGAGCGUUGGGACCCUUGUGUCAUUUUAGGAUGAAGAUUUCAGAGCUGAGAUGUUGUUGGGUAGCUCAGUCAUGUUAUAAUUGUGUUUACUUCAUUACAUUAAAACCAAACAUCAACCCUAGCAUUUUCCUUUGGAAAAGCAUCCUAAAUAAUGGUGGCUUUAACAACAAAAUUGUGAGCCUUGCUGUAGUGGUGCACGCCUUUAAAAUCCCAGCAUUGGGAGGCAGAGGCAGGUGGAUCUCUGAGUUCGAGGCCAGCCAA